GACAGGCAAAACAAAAGAUCCAUCAAACUGUGGGCUGUAGGCUUUGCCUUGCUGUUACUAUGGAAUGUUGGUGGCCCAUGUGUGUACAUGAUUCGUAGUGUAAAUUGUUUCAAAGACCAUUCCACUGUCUAUUUUUGUGAGAAAGGCGCAGUGUUUUCAUAUUCCGAAGAACUGGUGAUAACAUGGCUUGCUACACUCUCUGUUUUCACAAUCAUCAUCAUUUUGGCACUGCAGAAAGUUCCAGAUUUUCUUGGAUACAAAGCUUUCCUACAUCAGCUGAAAUUUCUUCCCUCCUGUUGGACUCUGAUGAUUCUUUUGUUUGUAUCCUUGACCAGAUACAUCAAGCUCGCUAUAUCUGCCAAAUCCAUCAAUUCCUGGAUGAUAUUGAUGGGUUUAGCUUUUAACUAUAUUCUUAGAACUUUAUUUGUUGGCUUUUUGAAUUAUACGCAGUUGAAUUUUUUGAAGCGUCAAUAUCCCAGUUAUAUCUUUGUGUUGUCAAAGCUUUCCGCGCUGGUGUUAUUUGCCAUCUCUCUAAUGAACUUGCUCGCCACCAUUUUAGAACUUACUGUUCAAGUUCAUUAGGUGCAUCGGUCUAUGGGAGCACAACACUCGGAGUAUUUUGAAAUGAUAAAUGAUCUUCUGCGUGACUUUGGCACAACCACUUUUAGAUUCAAAAUGACGAGUUUCUUUUGGCAGAAACUUUUCAUUGAUGAUAAGAAUAUUCUCCGCUUUAACCAAGCACCUUUGCAGUGA